GCUUGAUUUUUUUUGUCCUCUUGACCGGCGUCGCCCAAUAAUGUACAGAAUUUUCGUCGUUGAGGGUGUGAUAUAGAUUAUGGCGCGACACAAAAUAAGGCAUUGACGAGACGGCUCGGUAUCAAGCGGAAGUACAUAUCACGACCUAAAUUGAUUUUCUCUACUUUGGCUUGUUCGAGCAGGACCACCACACGGAAUAACACUCAUCAGAAAAGAACAUAGAAAUGGAUGGACCCUAGUUCUGAUCUCUUACUUGAUUUUUUGCUUGCAUUUACUUACUUUGCGUCCUCUCGGUGAACAAGUGCUUCAUAGCAAUUUUUACUCCGGGUCUUGUCGACAAGAAUUUCCAGGCAAAGACCAAAACCGAAGAAAGAUGCAGCAGCUUCAGGAACGCCGCCUCUCCUUCGGACGAGUUGUCACGAGGUGGAUCUCCUCCGUGUGGUGUGGCUUCCUGGGCGUGUUCUUUUACUUUCACCUGCACCAACUCCCCGUUGCUAGUGCCAUCGACUGCACUACGCUGAGCUCCUGUCAGCAGUGCUACAAUGCGUCUUCCUGGUGCCACUGGUGCAGCGAUACUGGGUUAGAGGAAAACGCGGACCGAAAGGCGAGAAUGUUGGACAUGAUAUCGGGAAGGAAAACGGCGAGACGAGGGGACGAAAUGAACGUCGUAUCAGACGAAAUAGGCACUGCAGCUGCCACUCGGAUUAUACCUGGCCCGAAAGAACGAUCCGGCCCAGGAGCAGGCGGGCAAUGCAGAACGCGCGGGACCGGCUGUCUCUCUGGGGCUUCGUGCGGCGAUGAUCACACAAACAGCACCUGCGCAGCGUAUAGAUUGUUAACAACCAUGAGGUGGCUCUUGACAAGAGUGAUUCGACAUCGUCCUUCAUCGUGAUUGGCCUUAUUUUUUAAGUGUAGUUGUUGAAAUAUUGUGUGUGAUUUAGUAGAUUGAGACUUAGACUUACAUCGUUUUUCUUCGUUCUACUUUGACCCUCUUCCGUUCUACAGCUACUUGUAAUUAAGUAAGUAGAAUGAUUGACGCGACGACAUCGCGACCACACAGGAGUUUAUUUCUCGUCUGCAGCUAUAUACAACGAACAUCUUCAACAGGCAACACGAUUGUCAAUCCUGUACGAACGUUUCCAGUCUGUGCCACUGGUGCGGUGAUAGCUGCCACGUGCUCGGCAGCAUGUACGGCUGCACGGUUGGCGUGUCCUGCAUGGCGAACACGGAGUGCAAACGGAAACAACCGGAAUACGUUAUCCUGUGUAAAAACGUCCCCACCCCAUAGUCAAGAUGGGGAAUCUGCUAGACAAAUCGGCCAGCUUUGGUUGCUGUGCAUGAGAAGCCUGGCCUCGUAGUGUAAUCCUCUUCAGCUUGUUCAGCAGCAUCACAGACCUAGUGCGUAUAUGGUGACUCGAGCAUCACAAAUUCCGAAACGCGGCUAGUGAUUGCUUCAUCUCAUGGGGAUCCGCAUGGGAAACAUUUUGAGCAUGCUCAUGCAGAUUUGCAUGACAACUAUGUUGUAAGUUGUAUGCGGCCCCCGGGACGUUUUUACAUAGGAUAUACGUCGGGUUCGGUUCGGCGCCCGAUUUCGUUUACUUCCUCACGUUCGGCAUCCUCCUCCUUUUUGCCUUGAUGGCGUUGUGUACGCAGUGCAUCUGCUACCGGGUCUACAAAUCCGUGCAGCAGGCCCGGGAAGAGAUCGAGCAGUCGUACGAGUUACAAAAUCACGCCAGUACGGAGGAGGAGGAAAGUCUCAACUACGCGGAGGCCGCACGGCGCGCUGCGGAGAGAAGGCCGGCGCUGUGGGCAAGGAUUGUGGACCGAUUUGUCUCCGGCUGCUUCAAGAACUCAUGUAGUGCGAUAUUAUAGCACUUUUUAAUUUAUCAAGAACUUUUUUCGAGACAAUUCAUAUCCUUAUUCUGACUUUGUACGUAGCUCCUGCCCCCAUGGGCGGCCUACUGUCUAGGCAAAAACAAAAUUUGUAACGUGCAGUUUUUGUUUUGCGAGCGGCAAGUGAACAGGAGCGCGUCCACUCUCCCGAACAAAAAUACGUUCAUCUCUUCAACUCCAGGUUUCUGCUGCGCCCUCCUGUUCCCCGUUCUGUUCCUGACCGGCACAGUUUUCGUUCUCCACUACCCGCAAAUGCCGAUCAUCAACUAUUGCAGCAAGGAGCUCGAGUGGGGAAAGUUGAUCGAGAAUGUGGAAACGGUAAUAACCGAGCAGGUGUACGCGGACUUCGAGUUUCUGCUUUCGGUCUACAACCCGAACAAAGUGGAGGUGACGAUCGAGGAGAUGAAGGGCUCACUCUACUACCCGCCCACGAGCAGCUCCUCGAACAACCUGAUCGGGACGGUAAAUUUGAAAAACUUCACCGCCUCCGCGGGCAGCGUCUCCGACGGCCUGGCGGUGGUGUCCCUGGCGGUGGAGCGGUGGAGCGCCCUCAACCUUGCCAAAGAGUACGCCCUGGGGAACCUGAAGAUCCUGGCCAAGGGCGAGAUCGUGUUCAGUUUGAAAAUCUACGGCUUCCAGAUGGUGCAAACCAUGACGGCGGCAGUGCCCGACCAAGUAAUCGACACGGCGGCGCCCUUAGACAUGACGUACUGCAAUUGCCGAGACGGACCGCCGCACCAUCUUGUUCGCCCCCUGGUGCAGCAGCUUCCGAUCAAGCAAAUAACUACUGCGGUGGAGAACGAUCGCAUCGAAGUGACGACGUCGAAGGAAAGUGCAGCACAGAAGCCAGAGGCGGGGCAGCAGAAGAGUGACAUGCAGCAGCCGAAAGAGCAUGAGGACCAAAAGCUGCAAGUAGUGGACAUGAAGAGGUCCGCGUCCUCACAGCGAUAUCACACACCGGCCGAAAGCACAGGCAGCAGUGACAAGAACGGCGAGGAAAAAAAGGGAGGCGAUCCCUCAGGAGCAACCGCAAGGCCACAGCCACCCGCAGUUGAUGUUGGCUCCUCUACAAGUACCAGUAGCGCAGCUAAAGCUAUUAAAAAUGGGGACAGCGACAAUCACAAUGCAGCUGAAGAUGAUGUGCACUAUGCGUAAGGAGAAACGCAGUCACUACUCGUCUAUGAUAUGGAUCUCAAUCACGAGUCGUACGUGUAUCAAAAAUAAAAAAUCGAAACAUGACUCCACUCGUAAAUCUAAUGACCACCCCCUCUGGAAAAAAGCCAACAUCAAGGAACAAGUGAGCUUCGUUUGCUUCCUACACAUCAUGGCAUUCAGGUCCGAAAAGAACAAAAACCCGAUGCAAUCUCAGUACAAGCAACACGCCUGGCAGCCUUCAUUUUUCGAAAGCUUGUCCUAUACGAUUUUUUUUGCCGCUGGAAAAGGGCAACGCUAUAAAUUCAGAAAAAACAAGUAAAG